AUGUCGGUUUAUAAGCUGUAUUACUUUAAUGUCCGUGGUAGAGGUGAAAUUUGCCGACUUGCCUUUGCAGCGGCGAAUAUUGAAUAUGAAGACAUUCGGUUAGAUAGCGAAGACUGGGUCAAGGAGAAGGAAUGUAAGUGAAAAAUUCUCGUGACCUCUGAUUUGACGGACUUUUGUAUAUAUAUAUAUAUGUGUUAUUGUUAUUAUCGCUACAGUGUAUUUAAAAAAUUUUAGGUAAUUUAUUUGGUUCUGUAUUGUAAAAAGACUGGCCACGUACUCCGUAUCUCCAGUCCGAACCCAGUCUUACGUAAAAAAUCACUACUUUUAUUAAUCGAAUUUAACAGUUCUUGUUGUCUGAAAGAUCGAGACAUUAUCAGUAGUAAGUAGUCCUUCUAUCAUCGCAAAAAUAUUGUAAUUCUGGGAGUAGUGAAAUGAAAAGCCAAAGAAGCUAUCGAGGGCCAGGCGACUUACUAUGGUGAACUGAAAUGAAAAACGUCUUGUAAAAUAAUGUCGCUUUCGCCCAAAGCUUUAUUACCAUUCUAGUACUUUAGCAAAACCCUUCUAAAUUUUAAAAAAAUGUGUGAAUAAGUGAGCUGUACGAUCACACAAAACUGGUUCAAAGUGGUUAAGAGCACAGGGUACCCACUCAAGCUUCCAAAGUAAACGGGACAACCUCCUUACUACCUUUCCUAACGACCUAUGCGCUGUAGUCAACGGGAUCUGGGCAUUCAAAGACCAUUUCGUAAGAAAGCUCCAUUAAAUUGCUUAAUAACGCGUUUGAAAGCGACCUGGGCUUCGACUAGAAAUACGUAAAUCGUAGGACCUCGCGAACGACUUGGGGGAAACAGCAAGUUAAGUAAAGCCGAGAAGAAAAUUUGUCAAUCAAAAAUUGUGAGCUAUAUAUAGAAACAUAUCAAAACUGUUAUACCUAAAAUGAAAACUAAACGAAAAGAAAAGAAGAAAAAGAAGAAAAGAAAGGAAGCGAAGAGAAGAAGGUACUGACUAGUUUCGAAUUCGGAUUAAAUUCGUUUGUAGUCAUUUUACUCGUUUAAUUCUUUGUUCAAUUUUCUUUUUUGGUAAAACAGCUGGUAGACCUCCCCUUGGUCAAAUUCCAUUUAUUAUAACUCCUGAAGGAAAAAUCCUUGGACAAUCUAACGCAAUUGCGAAGUUCAUCUGCAAACAAGGAGGUAAGUGCUGGUCAACAUGCCAUCCCCUGGAGAGCAUACAAUAAGGCCAUCAGAAAUUUUGCGAAAAGCAGAGUUUAUAAAUGUUUCCUUCCGUUUUUCUUGACCAUAUGCAAGGUAUUCGACAAUUUAUAAAUAAAUAAUUAGGGUCGUUUAAAAGGAGGUGGGGAGCCCCAGAUAGGUGAGGUAACAUGUGGUGGGUCACCCCACCUAUCAUGUAAACGUGAUCAAAUUAAAAUGAGAGAUGAUAUGGACAGGCGGGUUACUCCUCCAAACCGCGUUAUCUCACCUACCUGGGGUCCCCCACCUCCAUGUAAACAGGCCCUUAGACAAUGACUCUAAUUGCUUCAAACAGCAGCGCGUGUGCGUGAAAAAUGCGAUAUAUGCUUGGUUGUUAAGUUGAUCGUUAUUAACACAAAAGUGUUUUUGUGAAGAUUCCUUGGGUAUGUUUUCACUUAGGUCUAAGUCCAAGUGAUAGUUUUGACGAGGCCAUUGCCGACAUGAUAAAUGAUGGUGUUGAAGAUGUUGUUGCUAACAUCAUCGAGGCUUUCAUGGAAAAAGAUGAAGAUAAAAAGGUCAGAUUUUGAGUUAUGAAAAAUGUAAGGAGUUAUAUGCUAUUUCAUUUGUUUGAAGGUUCGUUUGUUCAACCGUUUGUUCUUUCACUCAUUCAAUCUACCCAUUAAACAUUCAUUCAAUGCAUUCAAUCCGAUUACAAAAAGGUCGUUUCAGACGUUCUUUUUUUCUUUUGUGUAAUAGGUGAAGUUGCAGAAAGAUUUUUUUGAAAACAUUUUUCCUGCCAAACUCCGCAAUUUUGAGUCUCUUUUGAAAGAAAGAAAUGAAGGCAAAGGCUUUUUCCUGGGAGACGAGGUAAGUGUAAGAUGAACAUCCGUCUUUCAUAAAGAGGACUACAGUCCUCGAGUUUGCUCAAGGUGACUCGAAACUUUUUAUUCGCGUGCGGUUGGUUACGUUUUGGACUCGAAAGCUCUAGCCAGAGAGAGAGGGGAGACGGGGAGGGGGGAGGUGCGGUUCAUGUAGGCUAAGACGGAACGGGAGGGGGAGAGGGAAAGAAAAGCGGAAAAGGGGACCCCGAUUCAGCUCUCCCUUGCACUUACCUUCAGACGCCUGCCACACACACUGUACUUGUAAUAUUAUGAUAAUAAAUGUCUUGUCUUGUCUUGUCUUGAGCCAGCUCCAGCAACAACGAGUUCUCCGAUUUCUAUGAGUUUUGGUCAUCCUAGUAAAAUGAAGAACAGUGGAACUUACAAAAACUAUUAUUCAAUAACACUUUGACAAAAAAGUGAAAUCUUACCACAUAUUUCCCUAUUUUCACAAAAUAACCUUUAGUGCCCUCAAGCUUUGUAUUUGCAAUCGAGUUUGAAGGCGAUCGUGACCAUACAACUCGCUUCACAAAUUGCUGAGGUUUUCUUUCUUUAAAUGCCACGCUAACAUAAAAUUGAUAUAGCAUCUACGGAAAACUCUCACCAGUUCAGUUUUUGCAACGAAGGUUUCCUUUGUGAGGAGAAAUAAUGCCGCCAAUUCUAGUACAUCUUACCAUCCACUUUAUAGCUGCAAUGAAAGCCUUGUGUUUGAUAAUAUAUAAUUUAAGAGAAUACAUUUCUGGUAACUAGCUUUCACACUCUCACAAGCUAUCUUUGACAUCUCUAAAGGCAUUGUCGCAAAGUUAACAUGUGGAUAAAAUUGUAACAAUUAUUCGCCGAAGUGGAGGUGGCUAGGCUACUAUUUACCGAACUGCGAAGCAGUGAGGUAAAUAUCCACGACUAGCCACCGACACUGAGGUGAAUAAUUGUUUUAGUACAUACUAAAACACUGAGAUAAUUGAGCACAAAAAUGAUGAUUUUUAACUCAAAUACUGUUGCCAACGAUUACAAUUUUGGCGCGUAAUGACCGGGCGGCCGGGACCGCCGCUUUUAAGUUCUUGCGGACAAUUAAAACUUUUGAAGGCAUUUGUUUAGCUCUUGCAGGGAAAUUUCUUCAAAAGAAGUUGUGAAUUCUUUUUGUAUUUAAACUCAUUCUAUAAAAAAAAGAAUAUUAAAUUUAGUUUUAAGCUUAUUUAUGAAUAACUCAACUAAAUAAAGUAACACAAGACUUAAACGUAAUUUGCAUUUGUAAACAAGAAACUUUUUCACCGGUUUUAUCGAUAAAUUCGUGUCAAAAAGACAAAGCUUUACCUGUUAAAACUUCCAAUUCGAACUUCGUCACCUUCUUCGUGUAUUUCGGAAACAGCUUGCUUAAUUAGUUGUGAAAUUUCUUUGUUUGUUUACGGCAGAAACCGGGAAGACAUGUUGCUCGCAACUUACGCGAGGUUAGCGUCGGUCGCUCGGAGGAACUGGAGGUGAAAUCAGUGAAUAGUGCAGGGUAUUCACUGAUUGAGUAGCCAAUCAGAGCACGCGAAAAACACUAUACACUGUUUUAGUAUAUACUAUUUAUUUACCCGUUUAAUUACUACGAAAACAGAUUUUCAUAUUGUCAUUCUCAUUACCCUCAAGUGGAAGCGAGAUUAAAAAAUGACAUUAUUAAUAUCAUAGGUGACGAAUUACUCCCUAAUUUUGGCGCGAAAUUUCAGCGUUAAUUUGUCAUUUCACAAAAUUGCCAUGGCAACCUUCCGUACGUCUCAGUGUCAAGAUGGCGACGAAGUUUUAAAAUGUCAUGAAUGAAAAUGUCAGGGCACAAAAAGACGGUUUAGAAAACCUGAACACACGAAAGAGCACAUCAACAAGGAUUCUAACAGGUAUUUUGUUGAAAAACUCUGAACUUAAGCCAAAUUUAAGCUCUAAACGUUCGAGAGAGUGCAGCAGUUCUCGAUCGAUAAGAUCCAGGAUGAAUAUGUCAAAAAUCCAAGACUGCUAACGUAAUUCGUCACCCAUGAUAUUAAUAGGUAAUCAAAUGGUAUACUCGUGAAAUUAGGGAAUAAUUUCACUUUCGUUUUAGGCGUUCGCCUUAAGGCUCGGGAAAUUAUAAGGAUUUGGACAAAACGCGCGUGAAAUUAUUGCCUAAUUUCACUCGUCACCAUUUGAUUACAUAAACUAAUUCCGAAAGUAACUUGAAUGCAUUAAUUUCUCUUCCUUUUCCCUCCCAGAUGACGUAUGCUGAUAUUACAUUCUUUAAUAUGUGUAACGCGUUUGCCGAGGGCAAGCCAAUUGUACCAAAGCAACUCAGUGAAUAUCCUCUCUUGGUUGAGCAUUACGAACGUGUUCUGAAUGUGCCGCAAAUAAAGGGCUGGAUUGAGAAACGACCGAAAACCGACCAUUAA